AACCACCCUCAACGGGGAUGCAAGAUAUAUCUCUUAAUGAAGAAGAGGAUAUGUCAUUAGUUAUUGGACAAGAUUCAAUAUCCUCCGAAACAUCCAAUGAUACGUUGAAAAAAAAGUUUGACUCGGAAAAACAAGAACCACCCUCAAUGGGGGUGCAAGAUAUGUCUCUUGAUGGAGAAGAGGAUAUGUCAUUAGUUAUUGGACAGGACUCAAUAUCCUCUGAAACAUCCAAUGAUACGUUGAAAAAAAGGGUUGACUCGGAAAAACAAGAUCCGCUCUCAAUGGGGGUGCAAGAUAUGUCUCUUGAUGGAGAAGAGGAUAUGUCAUUAGUUAGUGGACAGGACUCAAUAUCCUCUGAAACGCCCAAUGAUACGUUGUUUAAUGUUCCUGACGUUUCUUUAAUUGAAAAUGAAAAAAUGCCACUUGUUGAAGGCGUCACAACUACAUUUGCUGAUGAGGAAGAUGAUAUGGAUAUAGACGAAGAUUACAUUCCUAUGUCACCUCAAGUGGACAAUAAUUUCGAUUCGCCGACUAAACACUCAGAUGAAGCAGAUAUGUCACUCGUGGAUUCUGUGUAUGUAGAGUCAAAAAAUAACACUACAGCAAUCGAUGUCACUUCUGAAGAAUUACGUUUCAUGAAGGAAGCUAUCGAAGAACAAAGUGCUCAAAUACAAAUAUUCGUGGCUGAACGUGAUAAUCUUAUAAAAGAGUUGCGUAAUCUCCAGAGUCAAUGUACUAAAUUACAAAACGAAAAGACGGAGUUGAAUAAAGGCAUUGAUGAAGCUAAACGUCUUGCUCAUGAAAAUAAAUGUUUCACAGAAGAGGAUCGGACAAGAUAUCAUGAUCAAUAUGAAAAUCUUGUUGCAACUCAUUUAUGGCGUCCAGUAAAGCUAUCCAACGAAUUCGCACACAUGAUUUAUGAUGAUAGUUUACAAGUGAAAAUCAAUUUGAGAGCAAUUUCUGGUCAGGGAGAAAGCAUUAGAUCCAUUAUUGACGUAUCGUUAAUCGCUAGUGACAACAUGAAUACCGAAGAUAAACAAUAUUACCAAUUAAUGCUUUGCGGAAUACAUGAAUUCAUUAUUCAGAAUAUCAUUGGACCUAUACAGAUGGUUGAAAUUUCGAGAAUCCUUAAAGACAUUGUGUCGUAUUGGCAAAAAGUUAAAAAACUAUAUCGGGAGAUAUUUGUUCUUAGUUUCAGAUUUCCGAUCGAACUCAUCGCGAGCAAUGAUGACAAUGCGAGAGAUGUGUUGUCAUACCCCAUACUGGAAAAUAUAGAAUGGCGAUUAGAGCAUUCUUAUGGGAAUAUUGACGAACAGGCAAUAUUUGACACAAUCAAAACACAAUUUUCACGAGGUGGAAUUGGGUGUAUAAAGGCAACAUGCAUUGAA